AAACCCUAAAACCUCUCGGCAAUUGGCUCUUCUCCGCCUCCGUCGCCUAGCCCACCCAUUUGAAACCCUCACCACCCGGCACACUUGUUCUGAACACCUUCGACAACAGCCCACACUCCUCCCACUCUCCUCCUCCUGAGUGCAGAGAAUGGAUGAGACAUACUGGGACUCUCUCUUGGACCUAAUCAAGAAGGGCAGUGAUGGAGAUACAAUUAUGGUUCCCAACAACGACUCCAAGUUUUUCAUUUACGAUGCCAUGGACGAUUUGAAGACUGCCGGUACGCUAGUGGAAUAUAAGGGCAAGAAGCGCGCUCGCAAGGUCUAUCGCGCCCUCCACCAUGCUAAGGAGACCGAUGAGCACUUUCUUCUGCCGGUGCGAUUCAUUGCCGAUAAGUAUUGGGUAUUCCCAAUGCGUCUAAUCUCUUGGGGUGAUUGGUUGUCAGUCCUUCGAAAAGAUCCACCAGCUCUCGGUGAAGUGCCGAAAAUUGUCUCGUCAGUGUGGAGACAAAUUACUAAAGUGGUCAAGAGUCUCUUCUUAAAAAAAAAAAAUUGUUUUGCAAAAGUGUCGGACUCAUUUGGAAUCACAAGAGACAACAAGGUCUACUGUUACGCCCCGCCAGGUUGGUUUAGAUUUGAGCACGUCUCUGAAAAUUUUCUUCUUUACAUUUGUGAUUCUGAACACUUGUUUAUGUUUGUAGGUAGUAAAACCGACUUUCAUACCAACCUGACUGACUUGAGCGACAUGGCGGACGACUUGAUAGGUUGCCUUCGACUUUUGAAGAAUCGAUUUCAAGUUUCAAGCUUGAAUGCCACCAUUGAUAGGUUCGUUGAUUUUCGCGAUUUUGUCCGAGUAACCUACCUGGAUUGGCUGAGGAGGGAAGGUGACCAGUUGUCUGCGGGGACUCGAUUUCAACUCCAACUGUUUUGUUUACAUCAUCCUGCGUCAUUCGACGAUGCCGGCUUCCUUCGUUUCUUCAAUAAUCUGGGUCUUAUCGGAGAUAGGGAUGAACCUACCAAUUUGGGUAAUCAAGCAGAAUUUCGGGAUCAUAUAUGGGACACACUCAAUGACUGGAGACAGACCGUGUCUGUUGAUGAGCAACUCAAAAGGAGUUCUGUUUCAUUCGAUCAAUCAAGAGCCAGAAGGCGAUCAACAGCAAAAUCCAAAACCGAAGUAUCACAUCCGGGAUCUUCCUGCUUUCUGUCUUAAUGCCAUGAAGCACUAUAGGCAACAUGCACCUCGAGACAAUGUUUCAGCGAGGAGGACAACGAGGAGUCAAGUAAUAUGCCGCUUGUGUGAUCUGAUUCCUAACUUAACUGAAAUUAUGUACAUGGGGUACAUGAUGGCAGUUAUAACAGAUAAAUACAUUGAUCCCUAUGGUCCAGUUGUCAUCCUAACUGAAGACACCUAAGGGUGGAUGUGAGGCUGAACAAGCAAAUCUGAGCAGAAGAAUCAGGAGUGUCUCAAGAAGAAUUAGGGUGUCAUAUUUUGAAAUGAUUUAGGGUGUUAAAUUGUAUUAAGCCAGUGCUUGGUAGGCAGUAUUACGUUAAUCCUUUUGACAAAACAUUCAUCUGAGCAGAAG